GGGUCUAUGUUAACGGUGUGCAGAAGAGACCACAGUCACCAAGAAAAUGUCUAAAGUCACGUUUAAAAUCACUCUGACGUCGGAUCCCCGGCUACCAUACAAAGUACUCAGUGUCCCAGAGAGCACGCCGUUUACAGCCGUGUUGAAGUUUGCAGCAGAGGAGUUCAAAGUACCAGCAGCCACCAGUGCCAUCAUUACUAACGACGGUAUCGGCAUCAACCCAGCUCAGACAGCAGGGAAUGUGUUCCUGAAGCACGGUUCAGAGUUGCGCAUCAUUCCCAGAGACCGAGUGGGAGGAAGGGGAGUAGGAACAGACCGACCUUCCUCAUCCUCCUCGAAGACCCAAUGACUCAGACACACACACACACACACACACACACCGGCUGAAUCAUCAUGUUUCACUUCUGACCUGCAGAACACUCAGUAUGUGAGUGUCAGUGUGUUUGUGUAUAUAUUUUCUAGACCUGAAAUUACUGCACGCACACACACACACACACACACACACACACACUCCUACUCAAAGAGACACACUGCAGCAGCAAGCUUAAUUCUGUCUAUACUGUCUGCACUAUCCAAAUGCAGCAUCACCCCAGGCUGCCCAUAGAUACUCUCACACUGAAGUAAUUGAUUACACACACACACACACACUCUGGCGGCUUCAAGAGAAGGACUUGGCGGAAGCUUAGCAGACAAUGUGCUUUGAGUUUGUGAAUAGUUGUAGUUUUGUGUACCUAUUUUAGUUGUAAUGGUAAAUGGCUAAUAGAUCUGCCCCUUUUUGUCCAACAUGUGUAGGCAUAUUUAGGUAUGUAUGCAUGUACUUGCUUUUUGAAGAGGACUGCAUUAAUGUGGAUUUGUACUACACAUUCAAACGAUUUAGCUUAUUCAGCAUGCCUUCAGAGAGCAUUGUUAUAUCACCUGUUUAAUAAAUUAUGCUUGUUCAAAGAAGCUGUCUGUUUUACAUCC